AAAUGCAAAUGAGAUCAGCCCGGAUUCAUAAGAGAGAAGGGAGGGAAAAGUCUUCUUCUCUAUAGAAGUGAAAUUUGGUCUUUGUAAACCAUGCAGGCCGGUUCAGACGGCGAUGACGCCUCAGAAGAGGUCGCCAUUGUCGAGACUACCAUAUUUGUGAGUUAUUUAAGACGAGUUGUGCCGUUGUUGCUCGAAGGGGAGCCAGAAGUCCCUCUCGAACUUGACUCUGCUCUGAAGGACGCGGUUCAUCUCGACCAUGUAAAAAAGUUCCUCGCAGAUGCCCAAAUUCGUAGUCUUUUGGUCCAAAGAACACCCCUAAAAGAUGAGGAAGAAGGCGAAGAGGCAGCUUCUACUGAAAGUGGUUCAGAUAAUGAGAAAGAACGUGCGAUUUACACGCUCGACUUGGAUGUCCACUACACAGCACCGAAGCUCGCCAGUGUGGCGUUCAUCAAGCGAGGAGCUGUGGUCGAAGCUGACAAAAAGAUUGCUUCCCAAAUCAGAGUCAUCAACCUAAAUGAAGGAUCGCCCUACGAGACGCUACAUGCUUAUAUCAGCAAUGCUGUGGCUCCCUAUUUCAAGUCCUUUGUCAGGAAAUCUGGAAAAGCUGACCGUGAUGGUGAUAAAAUGGUGCCCUCUGUUGAGAAGAAGAUUGCAGAGCUGGAGAUGGGUUUGCUUCAUCUCCAGCAAAACAUUGAUAUCCCUGAGAUAACCCUGCCAAUUCAUCAGUAUAUCACAAUGAUGGUGAAAAAGUGUUCAAAUGAUGAAGGACGCCGUCCGAAGGUACAAGAUUUUGGUGACAAAGUUGAAGAUUCUACAUUCUUGAACCAGCUGCAGAAUGGUGUUAACCGUUGGAUCAGAGAGAUACAGAAGGUCACAAAACUGGACAGGGACCCAGCGUCUGGAACCGCUCUACAAGAGAUCAGUUUCUGGCUGAACCUUGAACGAGCUUUGCUGCGUAUUCAAGACAUCCGCGAGAGUCCAGACAUUGCCCUCACACUAGACAUUCUAAAGCAUGGCAAGAGAUUCCAUGCAACUGUCAGUUUUGAUUCUGAUACAGGUCUGAAGCAAGCUUUGGCUACAGUGAAUGACUACAACCCUCUGAUGAAGGACUUUCCCCUGGAUGACCUUCUUGCAGCCACUGAACUAGACAAGAUCCGACAGGCUCUUGUUGCCAUCUUCUCCCACCUGAAAAAGAUUAGAAGCACAAAGUACCCCAUCCAGAGAGCAUUACGCCUGGUGGAAGCUAUCUCACGUGACCUGAGUUCACAGCUCUUAAAGGUUUUGGGCACAAGGAGACUAAUGCACAUCACCCAUGAGGAGUUUGAGAAGAUCAUGGUUGCAUGCUUUGAAGUGUUCUCUACAUGGGAUGAUGAGUAUGAGAAGCUGCAGGGUUUGCUGCGAGACAUUGUGAAGAAGAAGCGUGAAGAGAGCCUGAAGAUGGUAUGGCGAGUCAACCCAGCACACAAGCGGCUGCAGGCGAGGCUGGAACAGAUGAGGAAGUUCCGUCGCCAACAUGAGCAGCUGCGGGCAGUGAUUGUGCGUGUGCUGCAGCCCCCUACUGUAAGUCAGGCUGCCCCGCCCAGCCCUGGAGGUGCCAUACCUGCCAUGCCCGAGGAGGAGGAAGCUAAGGCCACAUUGUUGCUUGACCCUGCUGAUGCUAAUGCUAUACAAGAGGUCAAUCUGGCAUAUGAGAAUGUCAAAGAAGUAGAUGGACUUGAUGUGUCCAAGGAGGGAUCGGAUGCUUGGGAAGCAGCCAUCAAAAGGUAUGAUGAGCGGAUAGACCGAGUAGAAACCAGGAUCACCGCUAGACUGCGUGACCAGCUUGGAACAGCUAAGAAUGCCAAUGAAAUGUUCCGCAUCUUCUCGCGCUUCAAUGCCUUGUUUGUGCGGCCACACAUAAGAGGAGCCAUUAGAGAAUAUCAAACCCAGCUCAUACAGAGAGUGAAGGAUGACAUUGAAGCCCUUCAUGACAAGUUUAAGGUCCAGUACCCAUACAGCAAAGCCUGUAAAAUGAGCAGAGUCAGGGACCUUCCACCAGUCUCUGGCUCCAUCAUCUGGGCUCGUCAAAUUGACAGGCAGCUCUCAGCCUACAUGCAUCGUGUAGAGGAUGUGCUAGGAAAGGGAUGGGAGAAUCAUGUGGAAGGACAGAGACUGAAGGCUGAUGGGGAUAACUUCAGACAAAAACUCAACACACAGGAACUGUUUGAUGACUGGUCUAGAAAGGUUCAACAGCGCAGCCUCGUGGUCACAGGCCGCAUCUUUGCCAUUGAAAGUCAGCGAGCAAGAGGUGGUGGUAGAGGGAAUCAACUCAAGCUCAAAGUGAACUUCCUGCCAGAGAUCAUUACUCUUUCAAAAGAGGUGAGGAAUCUGAAAUGGCUUGGCUUCAGAGUCCCACUUGCAAUUGUGAACAAGGCCCACCAAGCCAACCAGCUCUACCCCUUUGCUAUCUCGCUGAUUGAGAGUGUUCGUACCUAUGAAAGAACCUGUGAAAAGGUGGAAGAGAAGGAAUCUAUUGCCCCUCUUGUUGCUGGGUUGAGGAAGGAAGUUCAAGCACUCAUCUCAGAGGGCAUUGGAUUGGUGUGGGAGUCAUACAAACUGGACCCAUACGUUCAGAAACUCGCUGAAGCUGUGUUCAACUUCCAAGAGAAGGUUGAUGACUUGUUGAGCAGCGUUGAGAAGAUCGACAUUGAGGUCCGAUCUCUAGAUACUUGCUCCUUCAACAACCAGACAUUCAGGGAUGUCCUUGGCAAGAUCCAGAAGGCAGUAGAUGAACUCAACCUUCACUCCUACUCCAACCUUCCCUCUUGGGUCAACACCCUCGACCAACAGGUGGAGAUGCACCUUUCACGUCGCUUGCAGGCUGGUAUCAAGAGCUGGACUGAUUGCCUCAAGGGGAACAAGAGUAGCAGACAUGUAGAUGACACAGACAUGGCAUCCAUGGCCGCCCACAAGCCUGGAGGAGACCCAGAGAUCAUUGUCUCCAUCCAUGAGGUUUGCAUCCAGAACCAAGUGCUGUUUAUGCGGCCACCUGUAGAGCAUGCUCGAGAACAUCUCAUUAAUGAACUGCAUGCUUGGGUUGGCAUCAUCACCACUCUGCCACGCAUACAGAGCUCAAGAUACCAGGUUGGCCUGGAGCGUGACGAGUCCGAGUCUGACAUCUCGUAUCGUAACCUGUUGGCAAUGCUUCCAGAAGGUCCCGAGGUGUUGCAGGAUGCGUAUGGUUCCAUCGAGGAUAUCGUGGAGGCAGUAGAGAAAUACUCCAAGGUUUGGUUGCAAUACCAGGCCCUCUGGGACAUGGACAUUGGCUUGGUGUACAACAGGCUUGGAGAAGGGCUGGAUAAAUGGAUGAAGCUGCUCAAGGAUAUCAAGAAAUCCCGUGUGACGUUUGACACUUCUGAAAGCAAGAAGGUGUUCGGGCCAAUUGUGAUAGACUACGCCCAGGUCCAGUCUAAGGUGAAUAUGAAAUAUGACACUUGGCAUAAAGACAUCCUGAGCAAGUUCGCCUCCAGGCUUGGAGACAACAUGUCUGACUUCUACGGCAGCAUCUCCAAGGCUCGUUCAGACAUGGAACAGCAGAGUAUCGAGGGGGCAUCCACAUCUGAUGCUGUCGGCUUUAUCACAGUCGUGCAGUCCCUUAAACGCAAGCUCAAGAACUGGGACGUCAACGUUGAGAUGUACAAAGAGGGCCAGCGUAUUCUGGAGAGGCAGCGCUUCGCCUUCCCCCCUUCUUGGCUGUACGUGGACAAUGUUGAGGGCGAGUGGGGAGCGUUCAACGACAUCCUGAAGAGGAAGGAUUCGAGUAUCCAGACACAGGUCGCCACGCUGCAGAUGAAGAUCAUCACCGAAGAUCAGUCUGUGGAGACACGUACCUCAGAUCUUCUGACGGACUGGGAGAAAGGCAAGCCAGUUGCUGGCAGCAUGCGGCCCGACCAGGCAUUGAACAACCUCGCCAUCUACGAGGGCAAAUUCACUCGUCUCAAGGAAGACAGAGACAACGUGGCCAAGGCAAAGGAGGCCCUCGAGUUGAUGGAACCAGGUACGUUGGCGCCCAGUGAGGAGAGGGUUCUGGUCGCUUUUGAAGAGCUGCAGGAUCUAAAGGGCGUUUGGUCUGAGCUGGCUAAGGUCUGGGAAAAGGUUGAUGAGCUGAAGGAGCGACCUUGGCUCUCUGUUCAACCUAGAAAGUUGCGCCAGUCUCUUGAUGAGUUGUUGAGCGACAUGAAGAACCUUCCUGCCCGCCUGCGCCAGUACGCCUCAUUUGAAUUCGUCCAGAAGACCAUCAAGACCUAUCUCAAGAUGAACAUGCUGAUUGUUGAGCUAAAAUCGGAGGCACUGAAGGAACGUCACUGGAAGACGCUGAUGCGGCGCUUACACGUGAACUGGGUGCUGACGGACCUCACCCUCGGCCAGGUCUGGGAUGUUGACCUGCAGAAGAACGAGGCUGUGGUGAAGGAUACAAUCCUUGUCGCGCAGGGAGAGAUGGCCUUAGAGGAGUUCCUCAAGCAGGUUCGUGAUGUGUGGCACUCGUUCGAGUUGGACCUGGUUAACUACCAGAACAGAUGCCGUAUCAUCCGUGGAUGGGAUGACUUGUUCACCAAGGUUAAGGAGCACAUCAACAGCAUCUCGGCUAUGAAACUUUCACCCUACUACAAGGUGUUUGAGGAGGAUGCUCUUCAGUGGGAAGAAAAGCUGAACAGGAUCCACGAUACCUUUGACGUCUGGAUUGACGUGCAGCGGCGCUGGGUGUACCUGGAUGGUAUCUUCAGUGGUAGUGCCGACAUCAAGACCCUCCUUCCAGUGGAGACACAACGGUUCAGCAGCAUCAGCACUGAGUUCUUGUCACUGAUGAAGAAGGUGGCCAAGUCCCCCAUGAUGAUGGACGUGUUGAACAUCCAGGGCGUACAGCGGCAGCUGGAGCGAUUGGCUGACCUGCUCGGCAAGAUCCAGAAGGCCCUUGGAGAGUACCUCGAGCGUGAGAGAGCCUCCUUUCCCAGGUUCUACUUCGUUGGCGACGAGGAUCUGCUGGAGAUCAUUGGCAACAGCAAGAGCAUCCCCAAGCUACAGAAACACUUCAAGAAGAUGUUCGCUGGAGUCGCCACCAUCACACUCAAUGAGGACGAGACGCUCAUCACAGGGCUCAGCUCCAAGGAAGGCGAGGAGGUUGAAUUCCAGAAACCAGUUUCCUUGAAGGAGCACCCGAAGGUGAAUGAGUGGUUGACGUGCGUGGAGAAUGAAAUGCGCACUACUCUGGCCACGCUGCUCGCCGCCUCUGUCAAGGAAACUCACCAAUUUAACACAGAGCAAGUCGACAACAGCGUCUACAUGAAGUGGGUUGAUACCUACCAGGCACAGCUAGUCGUUUUGGCAGCCCAAAUUUCCUGGUCCGAGAGCUGCGAGAAUGCUCUUCAGCAAAUCGCCAAUAACCCCAAGGACAUGUCGCCCCUAGAGAAGGUUCUUAAGGUGGUGGAGGCCACGCUUAACGUGCUUGCGGACUCGGUGUUGCAGGAACAGCCUCCAGUUCGCAGACGCAAACUGGAACAUCUGAUCAUCGAGCAUGUCCAUCAGCGUGACGUGACACGGAGCUUGUUGAACUGUGGCGUGACAGGGAACAAGGCAUUUGAGUGGCUGAGCCAGAUGCGCUUCUACUUCGACCCCAAGCAGAAGGAAGUGCUUCAGCAGUUGUCCAUCCACAUGGCGAAUGCCAAGUUCAACUACGGGUUUGAGUACCUUGGUGUACAGGACAAGCUUGUCACCACACCCCUCACCGAUCGCUGCUAUCUGACCAUGACACAGGCCCUGGAGGGAAGGCUUGGAGGGUCACCCUUUGGACCCGCUGGUACUGGUAAGACGGAGUCUGUCAAGGCUCUCGGCCAGCAGCUUGGUCGCUUUGUCCUCGUCUUCAACUGCGAUGAGACUUUUGACUUCCAGGCGAUGGGCCGUAUCUUCGUCGGCCUUUGUCAAGUCGGUGCAUGGGGGUGCUUUGACGAGUUCAACCGGCUGGAGGAGCGCAUGUUGUCGGCUGUAUCCCAGCAGAUUCAGACCAUCCAGCUGGCGCUGAAAGAAUCUGCUGAUGACACAACAUCUUCUAUCACCAUCGAGCUGGUUGGCAAGCAGGUGCGCGUCAGUCGCAACAUGGCCAUUUUCAUCACCAUGAAUCCGGGAUAUGCGGGACGAUCCAACCUACCGGACAACCUGAAGAAGCUCUUCCGCAGCUUAGCCAUGACCAAACCGGACAGGCAGCUGAUUGCUGAGGUCAUGUUGUACUCGCAGGGAUUUAGGACUGCUGAGAAGUUGGCCAGCAAGAUUGUGCCUUUCUUUAAGUUGUGCGACGAGCAGCUGUCCAACCAGUCUCACUAUGACUUCGGCUUGCGUGCGCUCAAGAGCGUACUGAUCAGCGCGGGUAAUGUAAAGCGAGACAAGAUCCAGAAGAUCAAGGAGAAGCUGAUCGCAAAGGGAGAAAAAGCGGACGAGGCUGCCAUCUCUGAGGGACUAAACGAACAGGAGAUUCUGAUCCAGAGCGUAUACGAGACAAUGGUACCCAAGCUUGUGGCAGAGGACAUUCCGCUUCUCCAGAGCCUGCUGUCGGACGUGUUCCCUGGCAUCAAGUAUGUAAGCGCAGAGAUGGACCAACUCAAAGCUGAGAUCAAGAAGGUCUGUGCUGAGAUGCACCUGACCUACGGCGAGGGCGAGGAGCAGGGCGGAUCUUGGGUAGAGAAGGUGCUCCAGCUGUACCAGAUCUGCCAGAUUCACCACGGGCUAAUGAUGGUUGGACCCAGUGGUAGCGGGAAGUCGUCUGCCUGGCGUGUGCUGUUGAAAGCACUGGAGCGAGUUGAAGGCGUCGAAGGCAUCUGCCAUGUCCUCAAUCCCAAGGCUAUCUCCAAGGAGUUCCUGUACGGUACCUUGGACCCCAACACUCGGGAGUGGACCGACGGUCUGUUCACACACGUCCUUAGAAAGAUCAUUGAGAAUGUACGUGGGGAGCUAGGUAAACGGCAAUGGAUCGUGUUUGAUGGUGAUGUUGAUCCCGAGUGGGUGGAGAACCUGAACAGCGUGUUGGACGACAACAAGCUACUUACCCUGCCAAAUGGAGAACGUCUGGCUAUACCUCCAAACGUGCGCAUCAUGUUUGAGGUCCAGGAUCUCCGCUUUGCCACUCUCGCUACCGUCAGUCGCUGCGGCAUGGUCUGGUUUAGCGAGGACGUCCUCUCUACAGAGAUGAUCUUUGACAGCAACCUGACGCGCAUGCGCAAAGUACCGCUGGAAGAGGCGGAAGAGGAGAGCAGGCGCAUACAAAGCGCUCCGCAGGGCGAGGAUGUGCUAUCACCAUCCAUGCAGCUUCAGCGCGACGUGGUCGAGAUCCUCCAAGAAUACUUCUCGUCUAAUGGCCUGGUUAUGAAGUGCCUCGAGUUCGCCUUCAAGCAAGAGCACGUGAUGGAUUUCACACGCAUGCGUGCUCUAGAGUCUCUAUUCUCUAUGGUGCACCAGGGCGUCAGGAACGUGCUACAAUAUAAUCAGCAGCACCCAGACUUCCCUAUGGACCGAGAUGGAUUAGAACGCUACAUUCCCCGUUUCCUGGUGUUUUCUCUGCUCUGGUCAUUCGCCGGUGACGGCAAGCUGAGGGUGCGAGAAGAUCUUGGUAACUUUAUCAAGGGGAUCACCACCAUUCCUCUACCCAGCAGCUCCUCAACGCCGGUCAUCGACUUUGAGGUAAAUCUCCAGGGCGAGUGGAUACUUUGGCAGUCCAAGGUCCCUCAGAUCGAGGUCGAGACUCACAAGGUCGCAUCCCCGGAUGUAGUGGUGCCUACCCUUGACACGGUGCGCCACGAGACCUUGCUGUACACGUGGUUAGCCGAACACAAACCCCUCGUACUCUGCGGUCCCCCGGGCAGCGGCAAGACCAUGACGCUGUUCAGCGCACUCAGGGCUCUCCCGGACAUGGAGGUUGUCGGGCUGAACUUCUCGAGCGCCACCACGCCUGAGCUGCUGUUGAAGACGUUUGACCACUACUGCGAGUACAGACGGACGCCUAACGGCAUCGUGUUGGCGCCGGCACAGCUUGGAAAAUGGAUGGUGCUGUUCUGUGACGAGAUUAACCUGCCCGAUGUCGACCACUAUGGCACACAGCGUGUGAUCUCGUUCCUGAGGCAGAUCGUUGAGCAUGGUGGUUUCUACAGGAGCUCGGAUCAGGCCUGGGUCACCCUGGAAAGGAUCCAGUUUGUAGGAGCCUGCAAUCCUCCCACUGACCCUGGCCGUAAACCACUCUCACACAGGUUCCUCCGUCAUGUGCCGGUGAUCUAUGUUGACUACCCUGGUGCUACCUCCCUCUCGCAGAUCUACGGCACUUUCAACCGUGCCAUGCUUCGAAUGAUGCCAAGCCUGCGUACCUAUGCACAACCUCUGACCGAUGCCAUGGUGGAAUUCUACACUAUGUCACAGGAGAGGUUUACUCAGGACAUGCAGCCCCACUACAUCUACAGCCCGCGUGAGAUGAGCCGUUGGGUGCGUGGUAUCUGUGAGGCCAUGAGGCCCCUUGAGAGUAUGAGCAUCGAGCAGCUCGUCCGGAUUUGGGCCCAUGAGGCUUUGCGCCUUUUCCAAGACAGGCUUGUGGAGGAAGAUGAGCGCAGAUGGACAGACGAGAACGUGGACUUUGUUGCUCUGAAGCACUUCCCUAACGUGGACAAACAGCAGGCACUGGGUCGGCCCAUCUUGUACAGCAACUGGCUGUCCAAGGAUUACGUAGCCGUGGACAGAGAGGAGCUAAGAGACUUUGUCAAAGCGAGGCUCAAGGUGUUCUACGAGGAGGAGUUGGACGUACCAUUGGUUCUCUUCAACGAGGUGCUUGAUCACGUGCUCAGGAUUGACAGGAUUUUCAGGCAGCCACAGGGUCACUUGUUGCUGAUCGGUGUGAGUGGAGCCGGCAAAACCACUUUGUCUAGAUUUGUUGCCUGGAUGAAUGGGCUUAGCGUCUUCCAAGUGAAGAUCCACCGUAAGUACACAGCGGCAGACUUUGACGAGGAUCUGCGGAACGUACUGAGGAGGACAGGUUGCAAGAAUGAGAAGAUCACGUUCAUCUUGGACGAGUCCAACAUCAUGGAGUCCAGCUUCCUCGAGAGGAUGAAUACACUUUUGGCGAACGGAGAGGUCCCUGGUCUGUUUGAGGGUGACGAGUACACAACGCUGAUGACCCAAUGUAAGGAGGGCUCACAACGCGAGGGACUCAUGCUAGAUUCUAGCGAGGAGCUGUACAAGUGGUUCACCCAACAGGUGAUGACCAACCUGCACGUGGUAUUCACCAUGAAUCCGUCCUCCGAGGGCCUGAAGGACCGAGCGGCCACUUCUCCUGCACUCUUCAACAGAUGCGUACUUGAUUGGUUCGGCGACUGGUCUACUGGCGCACUGUACCAAGUCGGUAAAGAGUUCUCAAGCAAACUCGACCUCGACAAGUCUAACUACUCGGCACCGCCAUACCUGCCAGUUGUCUACGAAGAGCUUCCACAGCCUCCUACCCACAGGGAGGCAGUCGUCAAUGCGUACGUAUUUGUACAUCAGACGUUGCACCAGGCCAACGCCCGUCUGGCCAAGAGGGGAGGUCGUGUCAUGGCCAUCACACCAAGGCACUAUCUGGACUUCAUCAACCACUAUGUAAAACUUUUCUCCGAGAAGCGAUCAGAUCUGGAAGAGCAGCAACUUCAUCUGAAUGUGGGUCUUCAGAAGAUCCGUGAGACUGUGGACCAGGUGGAGGAACUGCAGAAAAGCUUGUCCCUAAAGAGCCAGGAACUGGAGGCGAAGAAUGCUCUUGCUAACCAGAAGCUCAAGCAAAUGGUGAAAGACCAGCAAGAAGCUGAGAAGAAAAAGGUGACGUCCAUGGAGAUCCAGACGACCAUUGAGAAACAAACCAAACAAAUUAAAGAGAAGCAGCAAGCUGUCAUGAAAGACCUCGCCCAGGUAGAGCCUGCAGUCGACGAGGCCAGACAAGCUGUGAAGGGUAUCAAAAAGCAGCACUUGGUCGAGCUAAGAACCAUGGGUAACCCCCCAGCCACCGUUAAGCUGGCUCUGGAGUCCAUCUGUCUUCUUCUUGGCGAGCAAGCGGCUGACUGGAAGCAGAUCCGCGCCAUUAUCAUCAAAGAUAACUUCAUCCCUACCAUUGUCAACUUCUCCACUGAGGAUAUCUCGGACAGCGUGACCCGUACCAUGCAGUCCAAGUACCUCAGUAACCCUGACUAUACAUUUGAGAAGGCGAACCGGGCGAGUCAGGCUUGUGGACCACUUGUCAAGUGGGCUAUUGCACAGCUCCAAUAUGCUGACAUGCUGAACCGUGUUGAGCCGCUAAGGAACGAGUUGAAGAGCCUGGAGAUGGAGGCUCAAGCAAGCAAGAUCAAGGCGGAGGAGAUCUCGCGUGUCAUCUCCGAGCUGGAGAGGAGCAUCUCCCAGUACAAGGAGGAGUAUGCAGCCCUCAUCAGUCAGGCGCAGGCGAUCAAGACUGAUCUUUCCGCCGUUGAGGACAAGGUUAGCCGCAGUACUGCUCUGUUGCGAAGUCUUUCUGUUGAGCGGCAGCGAUGGGAGGCCGGAAGUAACGCGUUCCAGACACAGAUGGGGACCAUCGUGGGUGAUGUUCUACUUUCCUCAGCUUUCCUGGCCUAUGGCGGCUACUUCGAUCAACAGUACCGUCAGAACCUGUUCAGCACAUGGGCCCAGCACUUGCAGCAAGCCAACAUCCAGUUUAGGCCGGACAUUGCACGUGUGGAGUACCUGUCCACUGCAGAUGACCGGCUCAAGUGGCAAGCCAACUCGCUUCCUGCAGACGAUCUGUGCACCGAGAAUGCCAUCAUGCUCCAGCGCUUUAACCGCUACCCGCUGAUCAUUGACCCGUCUGGUCAGGCCACAGAGUUCAUUAUGAACGAGUACAGGGGACGCAAGAUCAACAAGACAAGCUUCCUUGACGAUGCGUUCCGUAAGAACCUGGAGAGUGCUCUGCGGUUCGGUAACCCGCUGCUAGUGCAAGACGUGGAGAGUUACGACCCGAUCCUGAACCCGGUGUUGAACCGCGAGUUACGGCGCACUGGUGGACGAGUUCUCAUCUCUCUUGGAGACCAGGACAUCGACUUGUCACCGUCUUUCACCAUCUUCCUCUCGACAAGGGAUCCCACGAUCGAGUUCCCGCCAGACCUGUGCUCACGUGUGACCUUCGUGAACUUCACCGUGACGCGCAGUAGCCUGCAGAGCCAGUGCCUGAACCAAGUGCUAAAGGCUGAACGUCCAGACGUGGAUGAAAAAAGAUCGGAUCUCCUAAAACUACAGGGGGAGUUCCACUUGCGUCUGCGUUACCUUGAGAAGUCUCUCCUGCAGGCUCUCAACGAAGCGAAAGGAAAAAUUCUCGAUGAUGAUAGGAUUAUUGCAACUCUGGAGAAACUGAAGAAAGAAGCAGCCGAGAUCACCCGCAAGGUUGAGGAGACGGAUGUGAUCAUGGCUGAGGUGGAGACCGUGUCGGAGCAGUACCGCGCCCUGUCCCACUACUGCAGUAGCCUGUACUUCACCAUGGAAGCGCUGAACAUGGUCCACUUCCUGUACCAGUACAGUCUACAGUUCUUCCUGGACAUCUUCCAGUGUGUGCUGUAUGAAAAUCCGCAUCUGCAAAAUAUCCGGGACCCGGCACCUAGGCUCAAAGUCCUUACCAGCGACCUGUUCCAGAUCGUGUAUAAUCGUGUCGCUAGAGGAAUGAAGCACAAUGAUCGUAUGACAUUCGCGAUUCUGCUAUGCCGUAUCUACCUACGAAACUUGCCUGGGGAGGACGAGCUGGAAGAGGAGUUUAACGUGUUCUUGCGCGGCAGUGAGAUGGUACUUACAGGGAAGAUCCCACAGAUUGACGGACUUUCUCCUGAACAGGCAUCUGGUAUAACUCGGCUGUCCAAGAUGGCCGCCUUCAAGGAGAUCCACAUCUACAUCAACUCCAACAAACAGGCAUUCCUGGACUGGCAAGAUGCGGUCAAACCAGAAGACGAAGUUCCCACAUGUUGGAGUGAGACCAAAAAACUAACUCCUAUUGGCAUCGCCGUGUAUCAGCUGCUUGUGAUCCAGGCUCUACGGCCCGACCGCAUCAUUGCUAUGCUGCACAAGGUGGUAGCUGUGAUCCUGGGAGGGGACUUCAUGCACGCUGCUGAGCAGGGUCUCGACCUUCACAGCGUGGUGGAGAAAGAGGUGAAGGCCUCCACGCCAGUGUUGAUGUGUUCCGUCACGGGUUACGAUGCUAGCGGCUGGGUGGAGGACCUUGCUGCUCAGGAGAAUACGCCACUAACAUCCAUCGCCAUUGGUUCUGCUGAGGGAUUCAGCGACGCAGAAAAAGCCAUUAACUCGGCCGUCAAGUCCGGCAGGUGGGUGAUGCUCAAGAAUGUACAUCUCGCGCCUCAAUGGCUUGUUACCCUGGAGAAGAAACUGCACACACUCAGCCCUCACGCCAGCUUCCGGCUCUUCCUCACCAUGGAAAUCAACCCCAAGGUGCCCGUGAACUUGCUCCGUGCGUCACGCGUGUUUAUGUUCGAGCCACCGCCAGGAGUAAAGGCGAACUUGCUUCGCACCUUUAGUGCUGUACCCGCCGCUCGUAUGUGCCAGGCCCCCAGUGAGCGGGCACGUCUCUACUUCCUGCUGGCCUGGCUACAUGCCAUUGUACAGGAGCGCCUGCGAUACGCUCCGCUGGGCUGGUCCAAGCACUACGAGUUCACUGAGUCAGACCUGAAAGUCGGAUGUGACACACUAGACACUUGGCUCGACUCGGUUGCUCAGGGCCGGACCAAUCUGCCGCCAAACAAGGUUCCCUGGGACGCGCUUCGUGCACUUCUCUCCUCCGCUAUCUAUGGAGGUCGCAUUGAUAAUGACUUUGACCAGCGCCUUUUGUCAACAUUUGUGAACCGUCUAUUCACGGUGAGCAGCUUCGAGUCGGACUUUGCUCUCGUGACAGACGUGGAUGGCAAGAAAGGCAAGAACAUCAGCAUGCCUGAAGGAAUCAGACGUGAGCAGUUCGUCCAGUGGGUAGAACAUCUUCCUGAUGCACAAACGCCGUCUUGGUUGGGUCUUCCCAAUAACGCCGAGAAACUGCUAUUAACGCAAAGAGGUCAAGAUCUGAUUGCCAAACUCCUCAAGAUGCAAUUGCUUGGAGAUGAUGACGAGCUGGCCUACUCACCCGACGCCACCAGACCAUCAGACCUGUUCGUCGUACCUACCUCACUCACCAAAGGCAUGCUGGACGAGCAGAAGAGGCGUGAGAGUGACCCCAGACCCGCCUGGAUGCGAACCCUGCACACGACCGCGGCCAACUGGCUUACAAUGAUACCCAAGAGCUUAACUGGUCUGAAGCGCACGCUGGAUAACAUCAAGGACCCGCUGUUCAGGUACUUCGAGCGCGAGGUGAAUACCGGGAUUCAGCUGCUGAACACUGUGCACCAGGACCUCAGCGACACUGUGCUUGUCUGCGAGGCACAGAAAAAGCCCACCAACUACCUCCGGGGACUCAUGAGUGAUUUGGCAAAAGGAAUCCUUCCAUCCAAUUGGCGCCGCUACACCGUGCCUAAAGGCCUGACUGUGCUGCAGUGGGUGGUGGACUUUAGCGACCGCAUCAAACAGCUCCAGGCCAUCUCACAGGCAGCCAACGCAUCUGGCUCAAGUGGGCUUAAGAAUCUCAGCAUCUGGUUAGGCGGGAUGUUUGUCCCCGAGGCCUACAUCACCGCUACCCGUCAAUUCGUUGCGCAGGCAAACAACUGGUCCUUGGAGGAGCUUGCUCUUGAGGUGACGGUCGCCAAUAGUGCAAGUGACAAAUUAAAGAUGGAUGAUUGCAGCUUCGGUGUUACUGGUCUGAAACUCCAGGGAGCCUCGUGUUACAACAAUCAACUUGAACUCACCACAACAAUCUCCACGGACCUACCGCUGACCAGUCUCAAGUGGAUACGAUUGUUAUCAUCAUCCGAUAAGCCCCAGUCUACUAUGGUGACGCUGCCUGUGUAUCUGAACCAAAGCCGCACUGAGCUUCUUUUCACCGUCGACAUGGCCGUCACUGGCGAAUCGGCACGCGGGCACAGGUUCUACGAGAGAGGUGUAGCCUUCCUCGCCUCCUCGCUCAGUGGCUAAUGCACGCUCAAUGAGACAUGUAAUAGACAGAACAAAUAUACAGUAUAGACGAUUCCCUGUAUAGGCUAUAAAUUAGAUCGUAGAGUAAUUGGAUUUAAAUGUACCAAUAUAGUUUCAUCUCCGACCUCGCCUUCCCUGUAACGAGAUACUCGGUAUCUCCCGUAAUCAGUGAUGAUCCCUCUUUGCUCAAAGGCCUCGCUUUUCUACAGACGCGUACCCAGAUUUUGCUGAGUAGGUGGCACAGUCGUAUGUAUCAUAUCGAAAAAGUACUUCAGUACUAAUAUACCCCUUUUUUGGCAGCCUGGGGGGGUUGCGCGCACCCUCUUUUUACGCGCCUGGUAAGUUUUUCACACUAGUUAGGCAUCUAUGCGUUCUAUGAAUAUCCUGUCAUGGCAUGCUCUCAACUCUUCUCAGCUUGUCAAAAGGUGUAAAGUGGUAAAUAAAUACAGUGGAAUCUA